AUGACGCGCGCGUUCGUCCGUCGAUCGACCGCGGUGGUGUGCGCGGCGGUGCGUCGCGGGCGAUGGACGCGGGCGAGGACGAGCGCGCGGGGGACGACGCGGGCGACGCGCGAGGGCGAACGCGAGGGCGAACGCGAGGCGUGGACGGCGAGCGACGACGGGCGAACGCGAGGGACGACGCGCGAUGGCGACGAUGGAGCGAACGGACGAGGGAUGGAGAGGAAGGGGGGAGGGAAGACGCGCCUGGAUGAGCUCACGGUGAUGACGCGCCCGGAGCUGUCUCGCAACGUGGCGCAGAGUUGGAUUGCGCAGGGGAAGGUUUUGGUGGAUGGACAGCCGGUGACCAAGGCGGGGACGAAAUUUAAGCCGAGCGUGAAGAUUGAAGUGAUCGCGGAGCAGCCGAAGUACGUGUGUAGGGCUGGGUUGAAGUUGGAAAAGGCGCUGGAAUACUUUGGCGUCGACGUCUCGGGACUCACGGCGCUCGAUUCGGGUUUGAGCACCGGUGGAUUCACCGAUUGCUUGCUCCAAGGCGGGGCGAGGAAGGUGUACGGUGUCGACGUUGGGUACGGGCAGGUGGCGGAAAAGAUUAGGCAGGACGAGCGGGUGGUCAUCAUGGAGCGCACGAAUUUGCGUUACGUCACGCAACUUCCAGACGUCGUCGACAUCGUGACGCUGGAUCUCUCCUUCAUCUCCGUCCUCAAGGUUCUCCCGGCGAUUUGUAAGAUUUUGAAGCCUGGAGGAACCAUGCUGGUUCUCAUCAAGCCGCAGUUCGAGGCGAGACGAAGUCAAAUUGGCUCGAAAGGGGUCGUUCGAGACGCGAGCGUGCACGCCGAAGUGAUUCAAAACGUCAUUGAGGGCGCGAAGACGUUUGGUUUCGAUUACGUCGCGCACACGACGUCGCCAAUAAAGGGAGCAAAGGAGGGUAACACCGAGUUUUUAGCUCACUUCAAGCUCUCCGAGGACGGUCCACCCAAGGAGAUCCUCGAGGCGACGACUGACCGAGACGAAGACGCGUGA